CUCCUCUCCUCUCCUCUCUUCUCUCUCUUCUUCUCUCUCCUUUCUCUCUGCUUGCUCUCUCUCCUUCUCUCUCUCUCUCCCUCUCUUUCUCUCUCUCUCCCCAGACAGCAUUCUCCUGGUACUCAGAAAGAUGGGAAGUGGGGAGCCUAAUCCUGCUGGUAAGAAAAAGAAGUACCUAAAGGCUGCUCUUUACGUGGGUGACUUGGAUCCAGAUGUCACUGAAGACAUGCUAUAUAAGAAGUUCAGACCUGCUGGCCCUCUACGUUUCACCAGAAUCUGUCGCGACCCUGUGACCCGCAAUCCUCUGGGCUAUGGCUAUGUUAACUUCCGUUUUCCUGCUGAUGCAGAGUGGGCCCUGAACACCAUGAACUUUGAUUUGAUUAAUGGCAAACCAUGCCGCCUGAUGUGGUCUCAGCCGGACGACCGCUUAAGAAAAUCUGGAGUUGGAAAUAUAUUCAUCAAAAACCUGGACAAGUCCAUAGACAAUAGGGCCCUUUUUUAUUUAUUUUCUGCUUUUGGCAACAUUCUCUCCUGCAAAGUCGUAUGCGAUGAUAAUGUUUCUAAGGGUUAUGCCUAUGUUCACUUUGACAGCUUAGCUGCGGCCAAUCGCGCCAUCUGGCACAUGAAUGGAGUAAGACUUAACAACCGCCAGGUGUAUGUUGGCCGAUUCAAAUUUCCAGAAGAGAGGGCAGCUGAAGUCAGAACCAGGGAUAGAGCAACUUUCACCAAUGUUUUCGUUAAAAACUUUGGAGAUGAUAUGGAUGACGACAAACUGAAGGAGAUUUUCAGUGAAUAUGGGCCAACUGAGAGUGUUAAGGUAAUAAGGGAUGACUUUGGGCAAUCUAAAGGCUUUGGCUUUGUGAGAUAUGAAACGCACGAGGCAGCCCAAAAAGCUGUGCUAGACCUCCAUGGAAAAUCCAUUGAUGGGAAAAUCCUAUAUGUAGGGCGAGCACAGAAGAAAAUCGAACGCCUGGCUGAAUUAAGACGAAGAUUUGAACGGUUAAGAUUAAAAGAAAGAAGCCGGCCUCUGGGGGUGCCAAUCUACAUUAAGAACCUAGAUGAGACCAUUGAUGACGAAAAACUGAAGGAGGAAUUUUCUUCCUUUGGAUCAAUUAGCCGAGCCAAAGUUAUGCUGGAAGUAGGGCAAAGCAAAGGGUUUGGGGUCAUUUGCUUCUCUUCCUUUGAGGAGGCAACCAAAGCAGUGAAGGAGAUGAAUGGUCGUGUAGUGGGCUCCAAGCCUGUGCAUGUCACCCUGGGCCAAACCAGGCGCAGGUGGUGAGAAAAAGAAUUUUGUUUGUUUCAGCCUUAAACUGAUGCCUGCUUAGUUUGGGCUACUUUGUGAUAAGAGAUUAUUUUAUGCCAAACCCAGUUUGUUUGCUUUUUUUUAAGUGGAUGCUUUCUUUUGGGAAAAAAAAAACAACUAGAAGACUUGGUUUGUUUUAGUGAAGAACAUAAUUUCUAAUUUUAAAAUUGUCAUUUUGUACUAUUUUUUAUAUAAUAUCCUUAGGAGUUCUUAAAAUAAAGUUUAUUCCUCCUCUCAUUUUUCUGAAAAGUAGUCAAUACUAUAGAUAAGUAUAUUUCCUUCCUUAUUUCAGAAAUAACACCAUACUUAGUUACUUCUAUAAAAAUGUUCUCAAAAUGAAUCUUAGGAAUAUAUCACAGUGAAAGUAUUUAGUUUGCUUUAAAAAAAAUCAUUGGGGGCAUGUAUACUAUCUAAUUUACAGUUUUGCAUAAUUCCAUUUUAAAUUACUAUUUAAAAUUGAUAUAAUUUUAAAAACAUGUUUUCCUCUUCCCUUUAUUUAUGAUUUAAAUAAUAAUAUAUUAUUACUAUCUUUAUUUGGGGGCCACAGCUGGCAGUGCUCAGGGUUUACUCCCUGCUCAAUGCUCAGAGAUCAUUCCUGAUAGAGCUCGGGGGACCAUAUGGGGUGCCAGGGAUUGAACCUGGGUCAACUGUGUGCAAGGCAAGCACCUUACCCCCAACUUGGGAUACCAUCUUUUAAUGUUGGGGGUUUUCUUUAUUAAGUUUGUGCCCAGAGAAGUAACUAUAUUAGUGUUUUCUCAAGAAUUUAGAAAUUUAAUAUUAAAAGGCAAUGAUUAUUUAAAUUUUGAGUUACAUCUUAAAAACCUUUCCUGAGAUAUUUAGCUAAAUAAGAAAGAUCUAUAACUGUACUGGGUUAACUUUACAUUUGGAUACUUUAAGAUGUUUUGCCUUCAACUUUUAAUAAGUUUCAAAAUGAAAGAUAAAUAUUCCAUUUAAUGAUAUUUAAAAGCAACUGUGAAGAACAUCUAUUGAACUUGCCUUUACCUUUAAAUUGUUGGAUAUACCCUAUGAUAUUAUUCACAGAUGUCUUGAAGUUAAGAAAAGUGUUACUUCUCAGUUAAAUCAUAUGGCUCCAUCUAUUACAUAUGCGUUAUUAAUCCAAUAUAGUUCUCUUUAUGUAUGGCUGCUUGGAUGUUUUAACAAAUGCUAUGGUCUAUAUUGUAGUUGCAUUAUUUAGCGUGUAAUUUCUAUAUUACACUUACUGUUUAUUUCACUUACAGUUCCCUCCUGCUUCCAACUACUUUCUAUCUGUAUGUCAAUUUUUCUUAUGUGUUUUUAGAUUGCCUUUAUUUUAAUAUAUGCCAGUUCAAAUCCAAUUUUACUGGAGAAAUAAAUGUAAAAUUUAAGUAAUUGCUUUUUAAAAAUAGAACACAUUACAGAUCCAACUAUAAUAAUGUGUUGUCUCUACUCUGGGUGGUCUUUUUCUGGCUUAUGUAGGAUGUUUGCUUCAUACAUAAUAUUACAUAAAUAUAUGAUUUUGUUAGUAUUUUUGUCAGCUAUUUACCAUACAGUGAAAAAAAGCUGUUUCUCUGUUAUUAUUGAGCUGCAAAGGACAUUAUAUUUAUUAUCAAAUAUUUCAAAAUGUAAGCCACUGUUUUGAUUGAUUAUAUACAAAAUAGAUAUUCAUUGAAAAUGUAUACCAUGCAAAAUUUAUAAAUAAGGAAGUACAUUCCCAUGGUUCAGAGAUAGUCAGUGUUAAUAUUUUCUUUCUUUUCUUCCUUCAGUUUUGGGGCCUUAUCCCGGUGGUGCUUAGGGGCUACUCCUGACUCUGUAAUCAGGGGUAACUCCUGGCAGUGCCAAGUAUUAAACCAGGAUAGGCAGCAUGAAAGACAAGUGCUGUAGCUCUGAAUUAUCUUUGGGCCCACUGCUAACAUUUUCAAUGCAUGAAAUCAUUCUUUGCUUUUUUUCUGUAUAUGCACAUACUAUUACCAAAAAUACUAUGUAUUGUUACUUUUUAUAUUUUUCAGUGAGAACAUUGCUUCAUGUUAAUAUAUUAAUCUGUAUCAUCAUUUUAAUGAUAGCAUAGUAUUCCAUUAUGUACUAAUGCUUAUCAAAGUGGUUCAUUAACAAAUAUAAUUUGUUUUUCACUGUAUUUUAUAUUUGUAAAUAAUGCUGUGACAAACCUCCUUGCUUAAAAUCAGUGUUAUAUGGACUUGAGAAAAAUAAUCAAUAAUCUAUAGCAUGCAAAAGAUUAAACCUACUAGAAAUAUUAAAAUGCACAUAUUGGUAUAUGUAUCAAAAAUUUGAAACACAUUCAAGAUACAUUCAUUGAAAUUUACAAAAAAAGCUCAAAGCUAAUGUGAAAUAAUUUUCUUAUGCUUUACACCAUUGUGACCAUUAAAAGUAUAUGAAAAUAAUGCAACUCUGAAUAAAAUUUAAAGGAGUUACAUUGGUAGUUAUUUAUCAUAUGUGCUUUAUGUUCUUUUAACUCAUUACCAGAUUUUGUUUGAAUUUAUAAAUUGAAGCUUCAGUGUUACCCUAUAAACUUUACA